CGAGUAGGAGAAGAAUUCAAUCAGGAGUGUGUGGUGCCUACUUUGAAACAUGGUGGCGGUAGCGUAAUGGUCUGGGGCUGCAUGAGUGCUUCAGGAGUGGGAGAAAUGUUCGUGUGUGAGGGUCGCAUGGAUGCCACAAAGUACAUAAACGUACUCGAAAAUGCUCUUUUGCCGUCGUUUACUGCAUUUUAUGGCGAUACCAACAUGAACGGCGUCAAAUUUCAGCAGGACAAUGCGCCUUGCCAUAAAGCUGCACGGACAAUGGCUUGGUUCAGAGAAAACUGCAUCGAGCUUCUGGAUUGGCCAGCCCAGUCACCAGACUUGAACCCGAUUGAACAUUUGUGGGGCUUAUUGAAGCGCAAGAUCAGGCGUCAUACAUUCAAGAAUAAAGAAGACCUGAAGCGCCGUCUACGUGAGGAAUGGAACGCUUUAACUUACGAAGAAUGUAAUAAACUUGUACGAUCUUUACCUAAAAGAAUUUCUGCCGUGAUUAAGGCGAAGGGUGGUACCACAAAAUAUUGAUUUUCUUUCAAUACUAAGCCAUAUAAAGCUAGAAAAAAUUGUGUUAAUUUCUCCCAACUUAAUGGUCCCCUAGAAUUUAAAGAUAUCGAGCGUGCUCAAUACUUUUGGCCAAGGCUGUAUAUUAC